GAUCUUCAUGUCUUCUCACACCAAUGCAUCGCCUAGCCGUCGACAGCACCGCCCUUCAUGAAAUGGAAUCGGAAGAGCCUCACACAUCACUUCGUCCCUUGUAACUUAGACGCUAUGCGUCCUGCUCAGAGGUUCCUUCUUCUGUGCAGCCGCCUGACCCGAUCUUGGGAAGUUUGAUGAACAAGAUCGAACCUCUGCAGCAACGCCGCUAUGGCAAGAUCCUAGGACUACUUCAUUGAUUAUGCUAUCCUUAUUGUUAUCGCAUUGCGAACCCACCAAAAUCGACAUCCCCACUUCCUGCCAUGUUCCAACGUUUCUUAUCUAGGUCACCCUCAGGCUUCAACGGAAGCCUACCUUUCACUUUACCUCAAGCCGAACAACCUCCAGACUUUCAUUUCUGCAGACUUUUUCCUGAUGAUGAUUUGCCUAUGUCCUUGGCUCGUCAUGAGCAUUACCUGUGUUCCCAACUUCGUUUGAAACCUGCAAUGAAGGUUCUCCAAGUCGGUUGUGGCACUGGUCAUGUCGCAGUCGAGUUGAUUCGUUUUUCGAAUGUUGAGGUCGUUGGCGUGGACGUAGAUGAAUCGAAGGUUAAGUCUGCAAUCGCCCGGGCUGAGAAGCUACGCCUCACUGAUAGACUCACUUUUAUUCACGUGUCAGACUAUAGCGACUUGAGCUCAGUACUCUCAGAGAAGUCCUUUGACGUCGUGUAUGCAAUAGAAUCCCUCCGGAACGCCCCCGAUUUUGCCUCGAUAUAUAGAGAACUAUACUUUGCUCUCAGACCCGGCGGGAAGCUUGGAGUAUUUGAAUGGUGUUGGGCUUCUUCCUUCGAUGUCAACGACCCCGAUCACUGUCGUUUAGCAAUGCUCCUGCAAUCAACUACGGGCAUAUCACCUCGGGAACCCAUGGCCCGCUCGAUAUCAGCCGCUUCAGAGGGUUUGAAAGCUGCAGGCAUGAAUGUAUUAUUCUGCGAAGAUCUUGGGGAAAGACAUGAUCGAAUACCAUGGUACUCACCAUUGGAACGAGCUUUGUCAAAUUCCAGGACACCUUGGCAGUCUCUGGAAGACUGUGACGUAUUCGGUGGCUUGAGCCAGACGGCAGCUUCUGUCAUCCUGGAAGCAGCUAAGCUGAACCUCUUUACACCUAUGGCGUUGUUCAUAGCUGAAAAGCCGAAAAACUGAGUUGCACAUCCCCCUCUCGUAUACUACAAGUCGGACAGAGUACAUUUAUAAGAGUAUCGCCAGUAGCUCUAACGACGGAUACAUGUGUAUAGCUA